GCGGGCUGCACCGAGCGGGCGGCAGGAAGGCAGCGGAGUCUGGCGGCCCGUGGCCCCUGCUAGGGUCAAGACACGCACACCUACUGGGCCGGAAAGAAGCCGGGGACCGCGCGCGGGCGAGGACCUGCUGUCCGGCCCGGGAGAGAUCCCAGGACGCGGACCGGGCAGCUCGGGUCCGAGGUGAGCCCUGGCGGAGGACGCGCCCACCGGGGGUGCGGCUUCGGAGCUCUAGAGCCAGCCCUCCCGGGGCUGGGGUCCCCAGAGGAGGCCGACGGCCGAGGCGGCGUGCGUCGGGAGCCAGUGCGAUCCCUGCGGGAGCGGGGCCGAGCCGGAGGGAGCUGCAGCGCCCGGCCAUGCACCGGGCGCAGUAGCAAGAGGCGCGGGCCCGAUGGCGCGGGCCGGAGCGCGGGGACUGCUCGGCGUCCGCCGUCCACCCAGGCUCCGGCUUGCGCUCGCGCUUCGGCUAGCGUUGCUGCUGGCGCGGCCGCCGUCGGGUCGCGCGGGGACCCCCGAGGCGCAGGGGCCCGCGGCGCCCGGCACCACAGCCCCGGCGGGGGGCGACCGCUGCCGGGGCUAUUACGACGUGAUGGGCCAAUGGGACCCGCCCUUCAACUGCAGCUCGGGCGCCUACAGCUUCUGCUGCGGCACGUGCGGCUACCGUUUCUGCUGCCACGACGGGCCGCGGCGCCUCGAUCAGAGCCGCUGCUCCAACUACGACACGCCAGCCUGGGUCCAGACCGGCCGACCGCCCGCCCGUGCCCGCGACACCGCGGCGCCCCGGGAUCCGGGCCGCGAGCGCAGCCACACUGCCGUCUACGCGGUGUGCGGUGUCGCCGCGCUGCUGGUGCUGGCCGGCAUCGGGGCGCGCCUGGGCCUGGAGAGGGCGCACAACCCGCGCGCACGACGCACGGUAACCAGGACGCUGACGGAGCUUCUGAAGCAGCCAGGCCCGCAGGAGCCAUUACCUCCCACCCUGGGCCUGCCUCUGGGUGGCUGUGUCCAGGUGCAGAUGGGGGACGGCCUCCCUCAGGGCUCCCCCCACAACAGCGCAGGUCCCAGGACUCCACGCCUGGCUCGAGCGUCGCCUCCAGGCGAACCGUUCACGAGGGUGGCACCCCCCGGGCUGGCUGCCGCCGCCGCUGCGCGUGAUUUGGAGCCAGGUCCUGUUCCAGGCGCUGGAGGCUGCCGCGAACACAGGCUCGGCUCGCAGCCGCGCCCGGAGGACGGUCCCCCAGGUUCUCACCGAACAGCCUCGGGGAGAGGGCUGCGGAGAGGUGACAGCGCGGACGCAGUGAUCCGGGGCAUCGGGCCGAGCCGCGUCCCACUCCCCGCUGCAGACAAGAAGCACCUCAACAACGCGCCCCUGGGGUCGGCCGGCCCGGGGCCCCCGCGCGGCCCGCGGCUGCAAGUCGGCCGCAGCCUGACGCUGCAGCCCGACUACGGCAAGUACGCCACAUUUAAGGCCGCAACGCUCAAGGCCUCAGAGGCCGCCCCGCGGGACUUCUGCCAGCGUUUCCCCGUCUCCCAGCGGUCCCCGCGGCCCCCCCCGGACUUGCCUGCGCCGCGGGACGCCUGCCCCUGGGCCCCGCCGGGCUACGCGCCCCCUGCCGUGCCGGGUCCCUAUGCCGCCUGGACCGCCGGUCGCCCGGUCCGACCUGCCCCGCUCGGCCACCUGGCGGCUCAGGCCUUCCAGGUACCCCGGCGGUCCGGCCAUGCAGCCCGGCGCCAGUUCAGCGCGGAGAAAAUGCCCUCGGCCUUCAGCCCGCAGCCCCUCGGCCUUUACCGCAGCGCGGGCCGCGGGUCUCGGUACCUAAGGACCAACAGCAAGACCGAGGUUACCGUGUGAAGCGGGGCCGCGGUCCCCUCGAGGCGUCAUGGGCUGGGGCCCUCGUCUGUCCGUCGGAGCCCCAGGCCACAGAGAGAGGAGCACCGGCCCGGAAGGCCAGCUCUUCCGUCUGCCUCAAGGGCACUGGGGUCUUGGAGCCCGCAGGCCGCGGGUUGGUCUUGUAAAUAAGCCCUUUUAUGUGGUUCCCGCUCCUGAGAAUAAAGAGGCCCCAGCGUGGAUGCGA